AUAUACGCGCGCGGGCGCGCACCGGACGCCGCCUCGGUACUCAAAUCGAAGUCGUCCAGUCCACUCCACCAGCAGCUCGCCGGCCGCCUCGCCCCUGCACUGCACUGCACUGCUCGAGGCUCCAGCUAAAGCCGCCUGUAGCUGUAGCAACAGCGACAGAGCUUACUCUGGAUUCCUUCGCGCCGUCAACGCGCUGAAGCAGCAGCAGCACACACUAGUACUAGACGCAUUCUCAGGUCCGUAAGUUCCACAGGCCACAACAGCACAAUGGGAGCCUGCACCUCCCGCGAGGCCACGGCGGUGGCGGCGGCGCCGGGGUCGCCGGCGCCGGAGGCGAGGGUGGUGCUGGCGGACGGCGCGCUGCGGCGGUUCCCUGGCGGCACGCGGGCGUCGCAGGCCGUGAAGGCGUCGGCGGCGUCGUCCGCGUGGUUCCUGUGCAGCGCGGACGGGCUGGAGCUCGGCGGCGCCGCGGCGGCGGCCGUGGGGCCCGAGGAGGCGCUGCAGCCCGGGCAGCUGUACUUCGUGCUCCCCGCGGCGAUGCGGCGUCGCCCGCUGCGCGCGGAGGAGAUGGCCGCGCUCGCCGUCCGCGCCAGCGCCGCGCUGGCCGGCGACGGCGGCGGCCCGCUCGUGUUCCCGGAGGCCGCGGCCGGGGCGCGGACCGCCGGCAAGGAGGCGUGCCGCAAGGCCAGGAGGGGCGGCCGCAGCCGCGGCCGGGACUUCGUGCCGGACCUCGCCGCCAUUGCUGAGUAGCCGUACGUACGUACGUCAGCUAGGCUAGGCAGGCGUACCACCUAACGGCGGCAGCCCGCGCGGCGCGGCGAAAAGGCAAUGAGAAAAAAAGAACAUCCAUCUGUAGCUGCGCGUAAAACUGAUCUACUUACUGGAGUCUUUGACUAGUGUAGUAGCCGUGUAGGAAAUGAAAUACAGUUUAGCUGCUGAAGACUGUAUGUAGAAUACGUGACAGUGUGUGGGUGGGUGUAGAAUACGCGUAGAUACGAGCGUCCCAUGUGCGAGCAUUGCUGCUAACCGCUGGCCCCGGGAUCGAUAUGCCAUGCCAACGUGGCGACCCGAUGGACGACAAACUAGUGAACGACUCAGAAAUUUGCCAAGUUGAUGCAGCAGGUUUUGCUAUGCAAAAAAAAAAAAAUCGCGUAUUUCGUAUUUCCUCU